GAAUGUAUUCAAUGUUGAGAUAUAAUGUUGUGCUAGCUAGCUCGGGUUAGCAAGCUCAGCAAGUUUGCUAGUACAGUUGUCCUGCCCGCUGGGCUGUCUAGAUGAGACUGCUGUUGCUGUCUUUGCUGCUGAUGGUGAUAAUGAUAACAAUAACGAUAACGAUGUUUAAAGAUAGACUCCGGUGAAAAAGCAGUAUAAUAUUCCCAGGACUUGGUUCGGCAGAGUAUUUUCAGCGCUUAAGGAAAGUUUCUCGUGCACAAAACAGGGACUUGGUGUAAAUAUCAUGUGAGCCGGCCGCUAAGUUUACUUACUGCAACGGCAAAUGAAAAGUAAAAGCUAAGUUAGCUGCACAUCGAGUUUCAUUUGACAUACUGGCGAAACGUCUAAAGGAUCAUAGAUAUUUUUAUAUGUAUGUAAAAUAUUAGAAGGCACAAGUCAGCAGUUCCAUUUGCUGUUAGUUGUUUUCAUAUUACUUUAGCUGUUGACCCCGUAACAUUCUUGGAAUUUACGCUUUUCUGGUUCAUUCUCAGACUAUAACUCAGUCAAAAUAUGACUUUCUUGAGGUUAAACUAAAACAUCAUUUUGAACUGGUUAGGCCACGCUAACUCCAGCCCUAAAACACAGACUGUAAAUGCUCUUAAGGAGAUCUAUAGUAGCAAUCGCAAUAAUUGCAUUGUGGAAUUAAAAUGUUGUAUUUCCUCCUAUGUCAAGUGACAGGAGAAAUUAGUGAAAGCUAGCAUUGUUUACGUUGUCAGAGUCUGCAGAGUUUUGUUGUUGUUGUUGUUUUUUGUUGUUUUUUUACUCGCCAGCAGCACCCUGUUAACAUCAAGUCUUAUCUUCAGCGAUUGUUUAGUAAUGCUUGUUUUGCAGUGAACUGUCAGUGUAAGUGUCUCUGCUUAUUACCAAUAUUUAUAAACGCUUCCCCUCAGCAUAGCUUAGCGUUAGCCGGGCAGCUAACUAAGCUGAUGACGAGGUAAAAAUGGCGGAUCUUUCGAAAUCCAACCCCGGCCUGAAAUAGUAACGCAGCCAACAAAACAGCUUGUCGCUUUUUUUCCUCGCUCUUUGCCCCAGUCAGGACCACUUCUGGGCAUUUUUAAAAUAAACGAGUGCAACUCAGCACAGUUUUCUUUUGAUGGCUUUCAUCUGGGGACGUGAAGAGAUUCAGCUCAGUCAGCUCUGCGUGUGAAUGUGGAUUAACAGAAAGCUGAGAGUUUGCAAGCAUGGAUGUAGUGUCACCAGAGCUCAACAGCCUCCUCCCUGAUGAGAUCAUGGAUACUGAGGAUAUAGAGGAUGUUCCUCACUCUCAACCUGGCACCACUGGAGUCCACUCAGAGCCCAGUGAUGAUGCAUCGGUCCCAAUGGAAACUGAUACACCCAUGGCUUCAGAGAACGUGAGCCUCUGUUCAGACGCCGCUUUAACCGAACCCACUCAGGCUAUGACCACCUCCACAGCCACAGACUCCAUGCUUAGUGCCAGCCCCAGAAGUCCGCCUCCUGUCUCAAAUUCCAGCACAUCGUCUCCUCUUCUUACUAUCAAACCAGGCUUGGCUACUUCGACAGCCACAACCAAAACCACAGACAGUGUUACUGGAACUAGUGUGACUACAAGUGGAUUACAGAAGCUCACAACUCCAUUUACAAUCUCUCCUGCAAAUCGCCAGAUUAUUCUCAAUAAGGUGGCCUCUCAAGCCUCAGAAGCAGCAAAGUCUGCAGGUAAUCCACCUCAGGUCAUCAAGCAGGAUGGACAGAAACUUUUGGUUACAGCUAUAGGAAAAUCAGGGCAGCCUAUAGUGCUUCAGUUACCCCACACAGGCAGCAAGCCUGGUGUUUCACAGACUGCCGGGGACACCAAGUCUCAAGCUCCGCAGUUUAAAGUGGUGACUAUAGGUGGGAGGUCAGACCUGAAGCCAGUGGUGGGCAACCAGGUGACCACAUUACAGACCCAGCAGCUGAAGACUGUCCAGAUUGCCAAGAAGACACCAGCAUCCUCAGCUGCACCAAUCAAGUUUAUCAUCACAAAAACUGUUAACAGCAAAGGUAUAAGUCCCCAGACAUCAGUGCCUCCUGUGAUCACAGGACGGGUUCUGACCCAGAGUUCACCAGUGAUGCCCCCGAGGACCAUUACUCUCUCUGAGCCCCACAACACUAAUUUACAAAGUAUCCCUGGCAAAAAGAUUGCCAUUUCCCCUCUCAAGACUCCCAGCAAGGUGACUGUGGUGUCUGUGGCUUCCCCGACCUCCAGUGCUUCUCAGAAGUCUGUAGCACUGCCUGUGAAUGUAGCACUUGGCCAGCAGAUCCUUACAGUCCAGCAGUCAACAUCUGUAUCUCCAGUCAAGGUGGCCACUAGCCAAUCAACAACGCAGAACAUUAAACCUGUGGCUGUUGGAGGAGUGGGAGGUUCCCAGUUUAAAACGAUCAUACCCCUGGCCACCCAGCCCAACGUGCAGCAGAUCCAGGUGCCUGGCAGCAGGUUCCACUAUGUUCGCCUCGUCACAGCAACGACAGCGAGCAGCACAGGACAGCCCAGUGGUCCCAGUACCAGCUCUAUACAGACAGCUAAACCCAUGGUGGUCAGUACAGCAGCAGUCAGGAUGUCUGUCCCAGUUGUCCCAGCACAGACCAUGAAACAGGUGGCACCUAAGCCCUUAACAUCAGGACCACAAGUAGUAACCACCACUCAGACUCAGCAACGUUUGAUCAUGCCUGCCACUCCACUCCCCCAAAUCCAGCCCAACUUCACCAACCUCCCUCCAGGCACCGUCCUGACCCCAGCUCCAGGAGGAGGGAAUGUGGGUUACGCGGUUGUGCCAGCACAAUAUGUCACACAGAUCCAGCAGCCACCAUUUGUGACGCUUGCCAGCAGCUCUAGUUUUUCUGCAUCCACUGGUAUCCAGACUCAGGCCAGAUUGCCUCUUAAUGGUUUGUCAGCAGCAGAAACAACCUCAAGACCAAGAAAACCAUGUAACUGCACCAAGUCACAGUGCCUUAAACUCUACUGUGACUGUUUUGCAAAUGGAGAGUUCUGCAAUAACUGUAACUGCAAUAACUGCUUCAAUAACCUGGAACAUGAAACUGAACGUCUCAAAGCUAUAAAGACUUGUUUGGACCGAAAUCCAGAGGCCUUUAAACCUAAAAUUGGUAAAGGCAAGGAGGGAGAGUCGGACCGUCGACACAGCAAGGGCUGCAACUGCAAACGCUCAGGCUGCCUGAAGAACUACUGCGAGUGCUACGAGGCGAAGAUCAUGUGUUCGUCCAUUUGUAAAUGCAUCGGCUGCAAAAAUUUUGAGGAGAGCCCGGAGAGGAAGACGCUAAUGCAUUUGGCAGAUGCAGCAGAAGUGAGAGUUCAGCAACAAACGGCAGCCAAGACCAAACUAUCCUCACAGAUCUCAGAUUUGCUCAUGCGGACGACGCCUGUGAUUUCAAGUGGAAGUGGCAGGCUCCCAUAUACGUUUGUAACAAAGGAAGUGCUUGAAGCAACGUGCGAGUGUCUGCUGGAGCAGGCCAAAAAAGCAGAACAGACUCACCAGCCUCAAGUCGAGGCAGAGAGGAUGAUUCUGGAGGAGUUUGGACACUGCCUCAUGAGGAUAAUCAGCUCGGCAGGGAAAGCCAAAUCAGACUGUGCCUCCAUCAACUGCUAGGCCGAGGCCUGUAAAGGCUCUCCACCCUCUAACCCUCCUACCAGCUGUGGAGGCUAAGAGCAUGGAUUACUUUUUGCACUCUGUCCUAGACCCCCAGGGUUUCUGGCCUGCAGGGGAACAGGUUGUCUCCUUCAUCAAAAGGCAGAACAAUGAACUGAAGGCAGGCAGAUCCCACCCCACCCUCCCACCCCCGCCUUAGCCAAGCUGAGGCCAGCUGGAAUAAUAAAAAACAUGGAGCAGUUGUUUGCACUGUUCACCUAUGCUAACAGAAGGAGAAAUGGACUGGCUUUGAAGAUGUUACCAUACUUGUCCACCUGAGUGUGAUGCACACAAAUGACUGAACAGGAAUACAAAUGUUCUUUCACUUGAUUUUCUUUUUUUUUUUUUUUCCCCCAUUUUUUUUUUUUUACAAAUUUCCCUCCCAAACCUCUAUCAAAUGUUUCCUUCACAUUUGCUGUUUUUCUUUGAGGUUUGUUUUGAGAUUUAAAAAAAUGCCUGUAAUUUUAUGUAAUCCGUAUAUUUGUGCUUUCAGUAGACAAAAAAAGAAUAUGUAUCUUUUGAUAUUUAUUUUCACAGGUAUUUGUAAUCAUUGUCAGCGCUAAUAUUGUGUGGCUUAAAAUGCUACAACAUGUUAAUUAUUAACCAAGGCUAGGCUAAAUUGUUUUAAUGAGAAAUAAGUAGAUGCAAUCUUUGGUUUUAUCCUAAAUCCAAGUGUAAGAUGAAUGCAUACACACACAGUACAGAAUAGUUGUAACUUGGUUACACUGACAGAGGUUCACAUUUCUCCUGGUGCUGUUUUGUUUUCUUAGUUACAUGCUUACUGUACAUUAAAAACCAAUUACACCCA